AUACCAAAAAGAGAAAAAUGAUUUUUUGUUUUGUUUUGUUAUUAUUCUAUGUUUAAUUUAUACGAUUUGUUGAAGGUUGCCAUGGCCAAAGCCAGGGGAAAGGAGAGUUGGGGAACUGAUUCCAUAGUAUUUUGGUACUGUAUACACGUAGUAUAUGUGGACACUUGUUACAAAACUUGUUACAUGAUAGAAAUUUAUCAUGACUUUAAUCACCUAUAGUCCAUGAUGUUCAUAACUUGGAUAUAAGAUAAGCUAAUGUCAUGACACUGACUCAUGACUCUUGGUUUCUGCACAAAAGAUCUAGUCUGCAGUAAAUCUCUAGUACAGUCAAGCCUGCAUUUCUGAACAGUGUGUCAGUCAGCUCUGAGUUUGCGGUGGAAUCCAUUUAUAAGUUUAAAACCCCGUCAACCUUCCAAUUCUUAGUAGUGUAGAACCCUAAUUUAUGUGACCCGGCUGUAACUCGCUAUAUAUAAGAGCUAUUGAUAGUCUCAGACAAACCAAGCCUCAUUCAUCUUUUUCUCUCACUCUCAAGCCUCCUCCAUUCUCAUCACAUUCUUCUUUUGUUAAUCUUGUUAUUUUGUUAACCCCCUUCUGGCCUUCUAUCACUAGAUUGCAAUAUGGCUGGGUGCGGAUCCUAUUCUGAAGGAUUUCCCAAGGCCUCUGUAUGGGCAGGGUUACUUUUGCAGAAGACCAAAGAUCAAGCAUUCAUUCAGUACCUACUGCUUGUUUGGAAUAGGAGGUGUUGGCAAGAAGUAGUUAUCACUUUCCACUUGAUUCGUUCCGGCCUCGUAGUUUCCGGCGAAAGGGCAAAUUUGGCAGACUGGAUUACCAUGUCAAGAUUUUCCAAUCGGCGACAAUCUUGGCUGGGAAGGAAGAUUGGGCACGGAAUUGUAGUCCGGUACAGGGCCAAAGCAAUUAAGGAACAUGGAGCCUGAUCGUGGUGCCCUUAGACGUCAAAUGGAGCUUUGAGCUCGGCCAUCUUUCAUUUCUCAACCACUGCAUUAUCACAUGAACUCUUGAUUCUUGAAGGAUUCUAGUAUCAGUUCAUUUAGUUUUG